AUGGUGGCGUCAUUCCCAAGGUGCCCUCCCAGGGUCAGUGUGGGUGAGCAGUCAAGGCUUGACUGUGAGGCUAUCUGCAAGUUGGGUCUUAAGGCUAAGAUUUUGACCCAUAUUCGGUGCCAUAUGGACGAUGCGCGAAUUGCCGUGGCCACCGGCGUUGAUGGCGUCGAUGUAAUGAUCGGAACAUCGUCUCUCAUGCGCCAGCAUUCCCAUGGCAAGGAUAUUGAAUACAUCAAGAAGACCGCCAUUGAAGUAAUCAACUUUGUCAAGUCGCAAGGGAUUGAAGUCCGCUUCUCAACUGAAGACUCCUUCCGCUCUGACUUGGUAGAUCUCCUCUCCAUCUACUCCGCCGUCGACCAAGUCGGCGUGAACCGAGUCGGAGUCGCCGAUACAAUCGGCUGCGCCUCACCGCGACAGGUGUAUGAGCUCAUCCGGGUCCUCCGCGGCGUAGUCAGUUGUGAUAUCGAGACCCAUUUCCACGAUGAUGCUGGAUGUGCAAUUGCAAAUGCGUAUUGUGCUCUGGAAGCGGGUGCAACGCACAUCGACACUUCUGUGCUGGGGAUCGGGGAGCGGAAUGGCAUUACUCCGCUUGGAGGGCUUAUGGCGCGGAUGGUUGCCACGCAUCCAGAGUAUGUGAAGUCAAAGUACCGCCUGAAUAAGAUUAAGGAUCUGGAGAAUCUUGUGGCCGAGGCUGUGCAGAUUAAUAUCCCAUUCAACAACUAUAUCACGGGCUUUAGCGCGUUUACUCACAAGGCCGGUAUCCAUGCCAGAGCCAUCCUCAACGACCCCAGCACCUACGAAAUCAUCAACCCCGCAGACUUUGGCAUGACCCGCUACGUGCACUUUGCCUCGCGGCUCACCGGCUGGAAUGUCAUCCGGUCACGGGCGCAGCAGUUAAACAUCAGCAUGACCGACAAGCAGUACAAAGAGUGCACGGCCAAGAUUAAAGCUCUAGCUGAUAUCCGCCCAAUUGCGAUCGAUGAUGCCGACAGUAUCAUAAGGGCAUGCUAUCGAAAUUUUCAGUCGGGUGAGGAGCUCGGGGAAGUCAUGAAUGCGUGAUUUUGUUCAUAGCGAUUUCGGGGAACAGGCGAUAUGGGAAAGUACAGAAAAUUUCGAUGUUUUGAAUAAAUCACGUAUAGUAAUGAGAGUGAUGGACGAUGAUAAUAGAGUAGUCUUGCCUUAACCACGAGCAAUUUGAUACACUCGAUAGGGCUACCCUGGAAAGAGGCG